AUGUUUAAGAGGAGUUUGGGCGUGCUUUGGGGUACCAGCCGGAUCGUCGGCUCCCUGGACGUUCGCUCCAUCCGCCACUUUGCCAGCAAGUCGAUACUAUCAGCGUCGAGCGAACCACUGAAGGGUAAGGGCACCAGCCAGGAUAAGGCCAAAGUUGCUAGUCUGCUGUCCCCACUCAACUCAUUUAUCCAGACGGAACUCAAUGUCAACCCCGAACAGAUACUUGCCAAGCCUGCCGAGGAUGAAGACGUGCUGGAUCCCAUGUUCUACGAUAACGAGCCCUAUAUGGAUACGUACCAGGUGUACAAGGAACUUCGCUCAGCCGGGUUCACUAGUGAGCAGUCGGAUGACAUUAUCCACAUGAUAUGUGGACAACUUAACCACAAGAUGUCGAAAGUGCUUGAGCAGUAUGCCCAUAGAUACGAGCUUGAAAACGAGCGGUACCUCUUUGAGAGUGCUCAGCAAGAAAUCCGAGUUGAUAUCACUCGGUCCCGAGAAAACCACAUCGCCGAGUCAAUCAACACCACCAGUGUAUUGGAACGUGACUUGCGUACCAUAUCUGAUGAACUCUCAUCAGACUUCAUCCAGAUGAAAAACGAUAACCAGGUGGCGAUAUCCGAACAGAAACUGGAGAACACGCUCUCUACUAAACGAAUACAUUUGAAGAUCCAGGAGACCAACCACAAAAUCACCACCGAGCUUAACUCGGCCAUGCGAUCAGAGAUCGAAAGUUUGCGGUGGCACUUGUCCCGGUGGGGGAUCAUCGCCAUCUUGGUGUCAGUGUUCUCUGGGUGCACGCUGUUCUACGUAUACAAGGCUAAGGCCGAGCAACGAAAUACCCGCAACGAGUUUGUCCCCUUGGUCAUCUACGAGCCCAGUGAGCUUGAGGAGGAUGACUAUCACGCCGACCUUGACAAACUGAUGGUGUAA